CAGAGCAUUGACGUAAGACAAAAAGACACCAUCCACCCCCACAUCUUUAUAAAGCAGAAAAGAAAUGGAAAUGACACUCAUGUGGUCUUUAGACUCCCAGGAGAGAGAAAGUUAGACCGAGGUCUCAGCUGGAUGCGAGUUAUCCUUUGAGGGACCCCCACUGGAUACAGGGAGGAAGUCAAUGGAUGCUGGCAUCUCAAGAAAGAUUCACCGCAACAUGAGAUUCACCUGCUCUCUUUUCAUCAUGGGUGCCUUUUAUGUGACACCCUUCUUGUGCAAUAGUCAGAUCGACCUCCUGGCUCUUGGCCAAGCUGAUCCUCAAUGCUGGGAAUCCUCAUCUGCCAUCUUGCUGGAGAUGAGGAAGCCCCGUGUUUCUGAUUCUGUCAGCGGCUUUUGGAACUUCAUGAUCUUCCUGAAGUCAUCUGAGAACUUGAAGCAUGGGGCUCUGUUCUGGGACCUGGCACAACUCUUCUGGGAUAUCUAUGUAGACUGUGUUCUUUCAAGAACCCAUGGCCUAGGAAAAAGGCAGCUGACUGAAGCCCAACAGCAAAUGGCCACUCUUCCGUCUUGGAUCACAAGGAGUAAGCAAGGGAUUUUUUCACAAAUCCAGGUGACUCCAAUUAGGAAGAACAAAGAACUCAAGGAAGACUUAAUAAGCAUCCAUGUUCACCAGAGUGAGUUUCCUUUGCUCAGAAGAAUUACUGGUAAAGUUCCUUUACUCAGAAGAACAAAGAAGGAACAAGUUUAG